UCCGGUGCUCAAAGUCUUCCUAUACUUUCGGAUAAUGAAGACCUCAAUAGAGAGCUCUUAAAUAACGACGCGUCCGGUGAUGAUGACAGUGAUAACGGCGCUGAAGACAUCGACCUGAGCUCAUUCAACACUACUGUGCGCUCAGAUUUGGAUUCUCCCGGAUUAACGAAUGGAGAAUGUCAUAUUCGGCGACAAUUCCGGUGCAGUGAUGGCAAGUGUUUGGACCAAAGCAGUCGAUGCGAUGGCAGAUAUGACUGCACAGAUGGCUCCGACGAAUCUCACUGUUCGUUGUGCUCAUCUCAUCAAUUCAUGUGCUCUAAUGGUUCGUGUAUUGCCAGCUAUAAGCGAUGCGAUGGCAGGAAUGACUGCACCGACAGAUCAGAUGAGCACCAGUGCCCUAAUCACGUUUGCACUGAACGCGAGUUUCGCUGUACAGACGGAACGUGUAUUGAUUAUCACUUAAAAUGCAAUUCUCGCGCCGAUUGUGUCGAUGGAAGUGACGAACAAUUGUGCGACAAAUGCACUAAUGAUCAGUUCCGAUGUCAGUCCGGACAAUGUCUUCAGCUAAGUCUCCGCUGUAAUGCUUAA